CACAGCACCCUUCCACCUUCGACCACGUGUCACACUUGAAGUCGAUGGCGGCUGCGACGCUCUUUCUACGAACAUUCCUCCCCCUCCUCCUAACAGCCUACAAACACACGACAACGUCAGCACAAGAAGAGGCCGUCCAGAGCGUCGUACCUGAGCCGGCCGGAGCGUAUUCCUUCUUCGAGGGUUUUGCGAGUAGGCAAGACUUCGACAACAGGUGGAUUCUGUCGGACGCGAAGAAGGACGGAGUGGAAGAGGAGGUCGCAAAAUUCGAUGGUGAGUGGGCAGUGGAGGAAGCGCUGGAAAAUAGUUUGCCAGGAGAUCUGGGGUUAGUGCUGAAGUCGAAGGCUAAACACCAUGGUGUAUCCGUACGGUUGGAUAGACCGUUUGUAUUCGAUAGAGAGCCGUUUAUCGUUCAGUACGAGAUCAAGUUUCAACAAGGUCAGGAGUGCGGCGGCGCUUACAUCAAACUCUUGUCUCACGCCGACACACUCGACUUGGAGGACUUCCAAGACAAAACGCCAUACACCAUCAUGUUUGGUCCCGACAAGUGUGGAGAAACGGACAAGAUCCACUUCAUCUUCAGACACAAAAAUCCCAAGACUGGAGAGUUUGAGGAAAAACAUGCCAAGCCGACGGCUUGUGCUUCGUAUAUCAACGAUCAUAAAACUCACGUGUACACGCUGAUUGUUUUGCCUGACAAUACGUAUGAGAUAUUGAUUGAUCAAGAUGUGAAAUCGUCGGGAAGCCUUCUUAGUGAUGAAGAUUUUAAGCCACCCGUCAAUCCUCCAAAAGAGAUCGACGAUCCAGACGACAGAAAACCCGAAGACUGGGACGAGAGAGAAAAGAUAUCGAAUCCCGAUGCAACAAAACCAGACGACUGGGACGAGGACGCUCCCGCAAAGAUUCCAGAUCCAGAUGCUACUAAACCGGACGACUGGCACGAUGACGAACCCGAAUAUAUUGCCGAUCCCGACGCCGUCAAACCAGACGAUUGGGAUGAAGAGGAAGAUGGCGAAUGGGAGGCUUCUCAGAUUCCUAAUCCCAAGUGUCAGGAGAGCGGAUGUGGGCCGUGGUCGCCACCGAUGAUUAAGAAUCCGGAAUAUAAGGGGAAAUGGAGGGCACCGAUGAUUGAGAACCCGAACUAUCAGGGAAAGUGGAAGCCGCGGAGAAUUCCGAACCCGGAUUUCUAUGAAGACACGAAUCCAUUCCAAAUGACAUCGAUCGGUGCCAUUGGAUUAGAAUUAUGGUCGAUGUCUGACAACAUUCUGUUCGACAACUUCCUGAUUACAACCGAUCGUUCAGUUGCCUUUCAAGUGGGAGACGACGGUUGGAGAAAGAAAUCUGUUAAAGAAGGCGGCAAUGGCAUUGCAAGUGGACUCGUCGACAGCUUGGUUGAUGCAACUCUCGAUCGCCCAUGGUUGUGGGGCUUCUAUGCUCUUGCGUUAGUUCUGCCGUUUGUUGUUAUUGCAGCAUGUUGCUGUCGAGUGAAGAAGGACGAUUCCGGCGAAGCAAAGAAAACGGACGAACCACAACCGGACGACCCACACGAGGAUGAGCCAACAGAACAAGAACAGGAGAGUAAACUUGAAGACAACGAUGAAGACGAAAAGCAGGACGACGAGGAGGAGAAAGAGGCUGACGAGGAGAAAGAGGCCGACGAGGAGAAAGAGGCUGAUGACGAGAAAGAGGCAGAGAAUGAACAAGACGAGGGCAACAACAAACACGAGGGCAACAACAGACACGAAGAUCAAGAGCAAGACGAUCAAGAUAACGAAGAUAAGACUGAAGAGCCUCCCAUAGGAGAGGAACAGGGAGAAGGCGAGGAUGAAGACGAAAACGGCGAUGACAAAGACAAUUCGGCACCCCGACGGUCGCCAAGGAAGAAAAAACCGAGGAAAGAAUCGUAGGGUUAGAUGAUCGAAUGCAUACAUGCAACUAACUGGUUAUUGCGCGGGUGGACGAAUUGGGACAAGGGGGUGCUAACUAUAGACUGUUUACUGUUGUUGUCUUGUGUUACUCUGCUCUGUAUCAGUGUCCAUAAUGUUGGCAA